AGGGGAUUUGUGAGGUUAAUGGUAUUUAACCUAGGUUUUUAUGACUAUUGAAUUGCCCCAUGCUUAAACCUCAUUGCCCGCUGCAUUUGAGCCAUCCUUCAUGACACCUAAGUCGGGAGUCGGUAAGCGCCGGACCGGGGCCCGGAUAGUUUGUUUACGGUUGCUUGGAUAUGAGGGCGACACAGCUGCAGCGUCUUGUCCAGACGCAUCAUCUAAUCUUUGAACCAUACAACCUGGUAGGCGAUAGAACGAGAUGACCGACCUCGUCGAUUCUAUGCUGGAUCUCAUGCGACGGCUUCCACCAACUCGAACUGAAGAAAAUGUCAACGCCCUAAUUGGUAUCUGUCCUGACUAUGCCGACGAUUUGCUGGGCAGCGUAGAUCAACCUCUGCAGCUCAAGACGGAUCGUUCAGCAGGACGAGAAUAUCUCGCCUGUGACUAUAAUAGAGAUGGAGAGAGUCAUAGAUCGCCUUGGUCAAACGAGUAUGAUCCCCCUCUAGAAGAUGGCACUGUACCUACACCAAAGCUUCGUAAAUUGGAGAUAUCUGCGAACGAAGCGUUUGAUACGUACCGAGAGAUGUAUUAUGAAGGCGGCAUUUCGUCAGUAUAUUUGUGGGAUCUGGAUGAUGGAGGGUUCGCCGGAGUGGUAUUGUUGAAAAAAGUUAUGACGCCUGCCUCUCCGCAUGAACCGUCUGGAAGUUGGGACUCUAUUCAUGUAUUUGAAGCGGCAGAACGCGGACGGCAAGCUCACUAUAAAUUAACAUCUACCAUCAUGCUACAGCUUGUCACCCGCAAUGGGUCCGAUGCAGAAGACGCGCAGAAGAAGGAUGACAAGGCUACUGAUGGUUGGAAGCGCGACGGUGAAGUGAAUCUUAGCGGAAGUAUGACGCGCCAAACUGAGCAAGAUAUGGCUCUGCACGACCCAUCAUCUCAUAUCACAAACACAGGGAGAAUGAUUGAAGAUAUGGAGAUAAAAAUGCGCAAUCUGCUUCAAGAGGUGUACUUUGGGAAAACACGGGACAUUGUAUAUGAUCUGAGAAGCGUCGACGACUUGGAGAAAGCAAGAAAGCAACGGGAAUUACAGAAAGAGCUCGUCGGGUUCAUCAAACGGUGAUGUACUGAGGGUUAGCAUGGAUAGUGAUCUACAGGGGCGCGAUUCAACCGAGAGUUCGAAAAGCCGGUGUAGAAAAUGACGUACACUUGUUAAUUUGAUUUCAUCCAGAGGUCGGUUUUUGUUGUUGACCGGUCCUCGUUCCAUCGCGUCCAAUGCAGUGUCCGAACCAUCAAUCACUUUUCCAAAUAUCGUGUACUUGCCAUCAAGAUGGGCUUGCUUCGAGUAAGUUAUAAAAAAUUGCGACUUAUUUGUGUCUGGACCGGAAUUGGCCAUGG